AUGAAACAUAAGAUGUAUCAAACAACUCGUUGGAUCGGCGGGAUGCAUUAAUGUUGCGCUACACCUAUGUUUCAGGACAAUAAUUCUUCGCCGCUUAUAUGUCUAUCAAAAAUUGCUCUUGGUAACAUACCUUCCGGAUGGAAAUUAAAACCUCAACUCAAUGAGUGUUUUAAGUUAUUUUCAAAUAUCUUGCCUUUCUCAUCUCCACUGGAGUUGGAGUAUUUUUUCCAAUUUAAUCACUUCGAAAAUAAAAAUGAAGUUAGAACUGUCUAUGGGACGUUCACUCAAUAUGAGAUAUCUAGGAAAUUAAAGCAGCUCGUUUUUCAGAAGGAUUUAUCGCUCAGUAACCUAUGUUUGCUGUCACUAACAGAAAACCCUCCACCUAACUUCACAGUCAACUCUCUACUUGGGCUGCCAGAAAAGUUAUUUCGACAGUAUAUAAUUAUGAAUUUUUGUAUAUAUUGGUUCCCAAUGUCACACUUACUCUAUCACCGGAUAGUUCCUGUUGAGGUGAACUCGGAGGCAUUUCAGACUGUUUUCAACUUCUUGGCGGAUCCUCACAUUUUCAACAAAAUGUAUGACACGUGCAGAGAUGUACAGAUAUUUAUUUCUUCUUGGAUGCAACAUGCUCAUUUUUAUGGUGUUAGUGGCGUAAACACAGAAGCUCAUCAUUAUAUGAGUGUAGUUUUCAAACACUCAGAUUACUCCCCACUUGUGGAACCUCAUACAUUGUCUAACAAGUUAGUCUCAAAUUUACGUGAAGUUCUCCAACGGGCUACACGACUAAAACGUAACACUGCACCAGAAGUGGUAGCUGCUGCAUUACUCGGUUUAAAAAUAGCAAAUUUCCUUUGUGAAUGUUCAGAAUAUGUACAUGCAUGCAAAGCAGCUAGAAGUAUUCAUGAAACUGUACGUACUUUUUUCAGUCAAUCAAAAUUUCGUCAUACUCAACUACGUUUAGAGUAUGAGGCUAUGUGCAUUAUGCUUCGAGCAAUGAAUGCAUAUAAUAUGUACUUUGAACCGGAAGAUCAACACAUUUUUCAAAAAGAAGCGCCCAAUCUAAUGAAAUCAAUGUGGCAGGCAAAUUUAUUAGUGACUAAAUCUAGUGAUAUAAGUAGUUUCAACUAUGCAUUAUUGCCUGUCAGUUUUGAAACACCACCUCAAGAUAUGUGUACUACUCCUGUAUUAUCAUCUCGAUCAUCUGAUGAAAUCUCUGAAGGCACUUCAUCUACUUCGUUAAGCAUUGUUGGUCCAGCUGGUGAUGAAUCUCCUUGUGUGUUGGAAACGCUUAAUACUCAGUCUACGAGUUUGAUAUCAGAAUGUUACUUCCCAACUGUCUAUUCCACAUCUGAAGUUGUUCUCAAUCUAUUAGAUGGUAAUCCUGAAACAUGCGUAUCGACUAGUGCAUAUCUGAAUGUACAACUUGCAACUUAUCAUUAUUCUAUGUGCCAUUAUCAAGUUGCUUACCAUUUCACUCUAUUGGCUAUUGAACAAUUGGAGAUCUGCUUCAAUCAAGGUUUACCACCAUCACCUUAUGUAACUAUUGAAGUUCUACGUAUCAUGUGCAGAGUAUGCAUUAUCAAAAGAAAAUAUGAUUUGGGAUUAAAAAUUAUUCAACAUGCAUUAACGUAUACCAGAUCUGUAUUUGGCUAUCGUAAUCUUAUAUACGCUAAUCUGCUUAUUGAAUAUGGAUGCUUAAUGUUGAAUACGGACAAAACACGGAAAGCAGCAGAAAUCUAUCGGAUUGCAUUAGCUUUGAUAUUAAAUUAUUUACCCGGUGCUAGUAUAAUGGUUGCUUUAGCCUUGGAAGCGAUUGCCUACGCACACUAUGUACUUGAAUAUACAUCAGGUGAUUUCACGUAUGCUUUAAAUUGUGCUGAAAUAUCUGGUCUAAUGCUGCGUCGUUUAAAUUAUGGGGUGUGUAUGCAAGCAGCUUCAGCGAAUCGGGUCAAAGCCUUGAUCAUUGAAGAGAUUGCAAUAGAUGAUAAUGAUCCAUCUAGAACAAGUUCAGAUUUAAAGCUGGCACGUGAUCUACACAUGGAGUCCUUAGAACUUUGUGAACGUACAUUUGGAUUAUGGAAUAUUCAGACAGCGAAACAUUUCGGUAAUCUUGGUCGUUUAUAUCAAUCAAUGCAAAAUAAUAAAGAAGCAGAAAUAAUGCAUUUAAAGGCAAUUGAAAUUAAAGAACGACUACUUGGACCAAAUGAUUUUGAAGUUGGCUUAAGUGUUGGUCAUUUAGCUAGUCUAUAUAACUAUGAUAUGGAUCGAUUUAAAGAAGCUGAACAAUUAUAUCUACGUUCUGUACAAAUAAGUAAGUUGAAUUAUUAUUUUUUUUUUAAACAAUUAGUUCCCUUAAUAAAUUUAGAUAAAGCAAUAAGAAGACGUAAUUUGUCUGAAUCGUGUAAUGUAUUUGCGCAACACAUUUCGAACAAUCUGAUCACAUACACGAACUUGUCAUUGGAAUAUAUAUAUAAAAUUAAUAAAGAGGUAAGAGGUGAGAAAAAUAGACUUAGGUCAAGUUCAAAGGACAUAUUCAAGGUCAAAAUAACAAUGAAGACCACGAAACCAAAAAGCAGAGGUAAUAGUACAUCUACUAUGGUAUCAAAACAAAAUUUACCAAGGAAGGUUUAAUAUGAUGACGAAUUGUUUUUGAACGCAUAAAUGAAGUUUAAACUUUCUGAUUGCCAGCUAGGGCUUCCACAAACUUUAGGAUACGCCCCAAACAUGUUUUAUCGAUAGGUUUAAAAGAUCUGUUAACGUCAAUUUUAUGCCCUGUCUCUAUAAGAUGUUUCACUAUAGAAGAGCUAGGUCUCCUGUUCUCACCGUUAAUAAGUUUUGAUGAUCCCAUUUGUUUCUGGAGCCAUUUAGGAAUAUCUUCUGAAGCCUUUACUCGCAGAGAUCGAUGAGUCCUCCCUAUGUAUGUGUGUCCACGCGUACAUUCAAAUCGGUAAAUACAGUGGGAUGUGACGUCAUUUUUCGCAUGUUCGAAGGGCUUAGAUAGAUGUAAUGGCUUUACAUUCUCUAUUAUUAUGAUAUUAGCUGCAUAAAAAGUCUUUUUAACAGCAGCGUUCAGUCUUUGUCUAGUUAUCAAACUGCUUUGAUGCCCCAUAUAGGGUAGCUUGAUGUACACGUCUUUCUUAGGGGCGAGUUGGAGAGUGGGUCUUGGUGUUCUGACUACCUUACAUCUCCUGAUGAUAAUUGUCUGGAUAAUUGUUAUCAACCAGAGUUUGUGUCAACUUUCUUUCUUCUUCAUCAAGUGUGUCUUCAGUGCAUAUUCUUUGGAUUCUACCGAAGAGACACCUUACUAAGGCUCUUUUCUACCGAACAGGGCAGAAACUGUGGUAAUUAAGAUAAUGUCCUGUCCAGGUAGGUUUUCUAUAAAUAGAUCUUUUUAUUGAUCCAUCAAGCCGUCAACUAAGCAAUAUGUCUAGGAAAGAUAAACAAUUAUCUUCCUCUUCUACAGAUGUAAGUGAUACGCUAUUCUGAACUUCAUUCAUUCGAUUUAGAAUUUUUUGUUGUUGUUAGCCAAUUAAAGUUAAGAAGUGGUGUAUUUCACUUUCUUGGGGAGUAUCGUCUCAACUAUUGGUGGGGUGGGUGGGAUUGCAUGAGGAUAUCUAAGACAAUAUUGGAGAACACAGAGACGUUCAUUACCCUAGAAUCAGUGUGGAGAUCUGCAAUACUGAACACAUGGGACAAGAUCUAAAUCUGUGACACUAAUGUCAAGUUAUUGCUUCUGUAUGUUUCAGAGAUUUGAAGCAUCAUAGAAAGCAUUUCCAACGGUCGUCUCACAUAGAUAAAACCAACAGAAAUUGCUACGUGGAUUGCUAAUAUGUUUGAUCGAACCUACUUCCAAAUACUUCAGUCCAACAUUACUGGAAAAAUAAGGAUGAUGGCGCUUAACAUGCUCGACAUUUAUUCAGUUAGUCUAGUUUCCUUACUCAACGCUCUAUGUCUAUCUGAUUCUCUUCCACUUGCUUAAUGCAAUGAAGAUAUUUUCAAGUAUUGGAUUUGUAGGGAUUCGGUUGAUUGGUUACAGGAUUUCAUCAUCAGCUGACAUCGAUUAGAGAAUCACUGGAAAACCUGGGAGUACUGGACAGCUGUUUCGCCAGUCUAGCUUUGGACUCUUCAGGAGUACGCACCCACCAUAGGGGUUCGAACACAGGACCUUCUGGUUACAAGGCGAGCUAGCUAGUAGACCAUUGAGCCACUGAUCCAAUGGUCCUCGAAUUCCUACUUCUGCCAAUUCACGACAUAGCGCGACCAUUUCGGAAUGUCAUCUUCGAUGAGUUACUGCAUCAUCUUCAACCUGCUGUACCCUACUGGUGACGGCUUCCCACUAGAACUCCAGGUUAACUGCCUGAAUAGGGCCAGUCACCCACAAGUGAGCAUCAGAUUAAUUUUCAAGUAUUGGUUUUGUAGGCAUUUUGUUUGACUGAUACUUAUUCAUACUUGUUGGUUGGAAGCAAUCGGCAGGGAAACCUUGCUCGAUCUAGGUUUCGUGCUAGUUGGCACUCCCCACUCAGCAAGGCGUAUCUGCAACUUUAAAGAAACUCAUGUCCCUUCUGAGAUUCGAACCUGCAUCACCUAGUGCCAUAGUCAAAGACGUUACUAUUGAGCUAUUAGGGCUCGCGACUGACCUCCUGUAGGACUGUAGUGGAUAUUUUGACUGGACACUAACACACUUGUCUGAUAGAAUUGAGUCUGUAUCAAAGAAAGAAGUAGACACAUUACACUAGUUUACUGGUGGUAGUGUCUAAUCGAAGAUGCUUAUUUGUCAAAAACCGUAAUCUUUUCAUGUCCUUCGCUUUAGAUAACCAUGCCUAACAGUCAUAUAAAGUAGGAAAGAGGGAACUCCUUUACAUUUCACUUGCUGUGUUGAUAGAUAACCAAAUAUGCUAGUUGUAAAAUUGACAUGUAAAUUAAUAAGUCGCUGGUGUAUGUGUCUUCUAUAUAUGUGAUUCCUUUAAUGGUGAUAUACCUCAAACAAAUAAGGCAGUUUAAGUGUCGGUUUGUAGGGAUUUGUUUUGUUGCAGGAUUUUAUCAUGAGCUGACAUUUGUUAGAGAACCACUGGAGAACCUGAGAGUACUGGACAGCAUACGAUUGCAUACGAUCACUUCAGUGCCCCCCCCCCAUCCUUGAACAUUGGAUCAGUGUUCACAGACUACAUGUAGAUUUUCAUUGAGAAAUUUCAGACAGUUUGUUUAUCACAUAGUAAAUUAUUUUGUUUCUUGUGUACGUGUGUACACCCAAGUGUGAGAAAUAAUUAAUGUUCAGCGAUUAUUUGUAUACAAUCAUAGUUUUAUGUUUAUGUGAUGUUUAUAGAUUUAGUCAAUCAUUCAAUUUAUUCAUUAUUUUUUUUAUUACUUUUGAUCAUUAUUAUGAUUAGGUUUAAAUUUAUUCGGUCCUACAUACAGUGGAUUAGAAUAUGAUUAUCGAGGUUUACAACGUGUCUAUCAUGAAUUAGGCAAUUACACAGAAAUGCAACGUUAUCAAGGCUUGUUCGACUAUUGGUCCAAGGAGAGACAACGUUUACGUGCGCUUGAACCAUGUGAAUCGUCUGAUUCGCUUGACUUCUUAGAUGAACGUCGUAACACCAGUCGAACAGAACAAUCACAAAUAUUAAUGGAAUUAUUAAAAGAUUAUAAAUAUCAAUUCAAGUCAAUUUUUGUUGGUUUAUACACCAGUAGUGAAGGUGAAAGUGAAGGGGAACAUGUCGUCAAUACUACAACAAGACGUGAUGCUUAUCAUCCGUUAAAUUUUAAUAAUCCUGGAAGCAGUGGUGGCGGCAGUAUGGAAGCCAGUCGAUCAACAGGCUAUUAACACAUACAUACAUACAUACAUCUAUGUGUAUAUUCUCUCCGCAUCUACAUAAUAGUUAUGGACUGUGUUAUAUAUAUAUAAAUAAGUUUAUAUUCAGGUUUUAUUUCAGCUAUACGUUGAAGAAAAAGAAGAAAAAACCUUAAUCAAUUUUCAGCCACAUUGUUUUAAUUCAAUAGACUUUCGCCAUUAAUUAUUUGACGUUUUCAAAUUUAACUAAAUUUUAUAACAGCUGCUUUGUUAAUUUUCCUUGUUUUCGUGAUAUUUAGUAUUUCAUACUUGUAUAUAUAUAUAACACAUAAUUGAAUUCAGUAGUAUAUACAUAUAUAUAUAUGCGCAC